ACAAAACACAAUUCCAAUACUGCGUGCGAACUACAGAAGCAAGCACUGCGCCAGGUUCUCGCCCACCUACACCAUGGGCUCAAAGAGCUCCAAAAUAAAGAGAGAGCAGAAGAAGGAGCAAAAGAAGGGAGAGCUAAAACGUGGCCAAGCCGCAUACUACAAACCACGUGUGCCCUCGCAAUCUUCCGCCCCAUAUCACAAAAAGAAGGAGACAACACAUGCCGGCGGGACGCAUUCAAGUGGACAUCAGGGAAGCUCGGAUACGGGUGCGAUGACUGGGGCGUAUUUUGGGGCUAUGAGUGGAGAAGAUACUGGCGGGUAUUCGGGAGGCGAUGGAGGGCAUUCAGGAGGUGAUGGGGGAGGGUAUUCAGGAGGUGAUGGGGGAGGGUAUUCGGGAGGUGGGGGUGGUGAUGGAGGGGGUGGAGGCGGAGGCGGCGGAGAUUAA